AUGAAGAACCAAACAACAAUCUCCAGCAUUCUUAUCAUGAGUCUAUCUGAUAAUCAGAAGAUCAUCUAUGUCCUCUUCAUCGUCUUCCUCCUCAUCUAUCUAAUGACUGUCAUAACCAAUGUUUUUAUUAUAUUUCUAGUUAUUUCUCGUGCUCAUCUUCACAGACCCAUGUAUUUCUUUCUUGGAAACUUAGCAUUCUUGGACAUGUCCUACUCAUCAGUCACUGCCCCAAGGAUGCUCUUCCAUCUCACAACCCAACGUUGGUCCAUCUCCUUCCAAGAUUGCAUAGCACAAAUGUUCUUUGUGAUUUAUUUAGCAAAUUCGGAGGCUUUCUUGUUGUCCUCCAUGUCUUAUGACCGAUUUAUAGCUAUCUGCCACCCUCUUCACUACUCUAAGCUCAUGUCUUGGAGCAUGUGUACUCAGAUGAUGUCUUUGGUUUGGUUUUCUGGCCUACUCAUGCCCACGAUUUUUACUUUAUGCUUAAGAAGGUUGACGUUCUGUGGUCCCAACUUCAUCAAGAAUUUCUUUUGUGAUCUGCCCCAUUUGCUUCAGCUUUCUUGUACUGAUCCUUCCAUAAAUUUUCUAGUCUUAAUAGUUUGUGGCGCUAUUCUUGGCACCAUAGCCCUUAUGGGCACAUUUUAUUCGUACGUUAGAAUUUUUAGCACAGUGUUUAAACUCUCACACCCUUGA